CAACAUAGGAUCGUCCCAUUUCAGUCAGGCACAGAGGGAGAGAGAGACUGCAGAAGAGAGUCAGUCGGCUAAAAGGACUUCCCCAAGUUCCCCAACUCAAUCCCUGCCUCUCAGCGCUAACCUCCGUCUACAGGAAUUCCCUGUCUGCACAGAUUCAUUCAUGCACUUGUGAAUCCAACGAGCGAAAAUGAAGAGUAGGCUAUGCCUAGCAGUUGCUGCUUUCCUUGCAGCUCUAUCUGCCCCCUUGGUGGAAGCUCAAGUGGAGCCUCCUUCAAAUUUGAAGUUUAAAAUUUUAACUGAAAAUAGUGUUCAAAUGAUGUGGAGACGCUCACCCAGCAGAGUACAGGGGUACAGGCUUACGAUAGCACCCACCACUGUUGGAUCUGUAAAGGAAAGGUUAUUACCGCAGGGUGCAAGCAAAACAACGUUAACAGACUUAAUUACUGAUGUGGAAUAUGUGGUGACGUUAGUUGCCUUUGACCGUUCAUCAGAAAGUGUACCAGUCUAUGGACAACUCACAAUUCAGUCAGAUCGCACACCAACUAAACGACUGAAAAAAGUAGAAGAACUUUCUCAAAAAUGCUCAGCCUCUGCAGUGGCCGAUUUGGUUUUUCUCGUUGACGGAUCAUGGAGUGUGGGGAGGGCAAAUUUCAAAAAAAUCAGGGAAUUCAUCUACUCCCUUGUUUCUGCGUUUAAUAUUGGAGAAGAUAAGACCAGAGUUGGAAUUGUGCAGUACAGUUCGGAUACAAGGACGGAGUUUGACCUAAACAGAUACAACCGGAAGCAGGAUCUACUGAGUGCGAUUACUAAUCUUCCUUACAAGGGAGGAAAUACUAUGACAGGUGAAGCCAUUAAUUACUUGGUACAGAACAUCUUUAAUGAAGCUGCUGGAGCAAGAAAAUCCUAUCCCAAAAUAGCGGUCAUCAUCACUGAUGGCAAGUCCCAGGACCCUGUGACAGAAAGUGCUGAAGCUCUACGUAAUAUUGGGGUUGAAGUAUUUACACUAGGUAUAAAAGGAGCUGAUUUGGAUGAAUUGAAAUUAAUUGGCUCCUCUCCCUUAAACAAGCACGUGUUCAAGGUGGCAGACUUUGACAAGAUCCAAGAUGUCCAGAAUGAAAUAAUAAACCUGUUGUGUUCUGGGAUUGAGGAACAACUCAGCGAUAUCGUGAGUGGGGAGGAAGUAGUCGAACCACCUUCCAAUCUACAAACCUUGGAGAUUGCUUCGAAUUUCAUGAAACUGACCUGGGAUUCAUCACCUGGUCAGAUCACUGGUUACAGAGUCCACCUCAUUCCCAUGGUGGCUGGCAUUCAGGAGCAAAGUGUCAAUGUUGAUGCCAGGACCAGGACUGCAGUGGUUAAAGACCUUACUGCUGAAACCGAGUACCAGAUUAAUCUGUAUGCCAUGCGAGGGCUGGCAUCCAGUGAGCCUGUAUCACUAAUGGAAAAGACACAGCCAGUCAAGGAGACAAUUGAAUGUACCCUGGAUGAAAACACAGAAGCUGACGUUGUUCUAUUGGUGGAUGGCUCCUACAGCAUUGGCCUGAGUAACUUUGCUAAGGUCAAAGACUUCCUGGAAACCUUGGUGAAGACAUUCCAGGUUGGUCCCAACCGCAUCCAAAUUGGCCUCGUUCAGUACAGCCGGGAUCCCUACACAGAGUUUACCCUCAAUAGACAUCAAACGCUGGAGGAUGUGCUGCGGGCUGUGCGGACUUUCCCCUACAGGGGAGGCUCCACCAACACUGGAAGGGCCAUGACUUAUGUGAGGGAGAAGGUCUUUGUCCCGGAGAAAGGAGCUAGGCUCAACGUACCAAGGGUGAUGGUGCUGAUCACAGACGGCAAGUCCUCCGAUGCCUUCAAGGCCCCUGCCUUGAAACUGCGAGAUGCAGAGGUGGAGAUCUUUGCAGUGGGCGUCAAAGAUGCAGUGUUUAGUGAGCUCGUGGCUAUCGCCUCACCUCCUGAAAAUACUCACGUGUACCAGGUGGACGAUUUUGACUCCUUCCAGCGAGUGUCAACGAAGCUGACGCAGACCCUGUGUCUGAGGAUUGUGGAGGAGGUGAAAGCCAUCAAGGCAAGGGCCUUCACGGCAGCCACGGAUUUGCGGAUCUCAGAGGUAACAUCUCGUAGCUUCCGAAUCAGCUGGAUUGGAGCUGGCCCAGAUGUCCUGUCCUACUUGUUGAAGUAUAAAGUGGCAGCGGGAGGUGACUUUGCCUCCAUCCAAGUGCCUGCAGACGAGACGACAAAAGUCCUGACUGACCUCCUGCCUGAAACGACCUACCUGGUCAAUGUGAUUGCAGAAUUUGCUGAAGGCAGCAGCCUUCCUCUAGAAGGACAGGAGACCACUCUUGAAGAGGUCGGGUCACCAAGUAACUUGGAGGUAUUUGAUGAAACCACAGACAGUUUCAAGGUCAGAUGGACAGCUGCUCCCGGGAAUGUUCAGCAAUACAGAGUGGAGUACAGACCGGUUUUGGGAGGCGAUAGCAAGGAAGUAAUUGUUGGAGGUCUGGAGACAUUGGCAACCCUCCAGAACCUGCUCCCAGACACCAAGUAUUCAGUGCAGGUUAUACCUGAGUACCGAACGCUUGUUGGUCAAGCACUGAUUGGACAAGGCACCACUAAAGAAGCACGUGGCUCAGCUCGUAAUCUUGUGACUGAAAACAUUACACCAACCACAAUCAACACUUCGUGGACUUCAGCUCCAGGCAACGUGUACAACUAUCGAGUCACCUGGAAAUCUCUCUUUGAUGAUGAUAGUGGAGAGAAGUGGGUCCCUGGAUACAGCACCAAAACAACACUGGAGAAUCUACGGCCAGAGACCAAGUACCAGAUCAUGGUCUAUGCUUCGUAUGGCAGUGGGGAAGGAGAUCCACUUGAGGGAACAGAAACAACUGAUGCUACACCAGAGGCCAAGACCGUGACUGUAUCAGACGAGACAGUCAACAGUUUCCGUGUGAGGUGGCAGCCAGCACCGGGCAAUGUGCUGAACUACAGACUCUCUUACCGACCAGCCAAGGGAGGAAGGACCAUUGGCACCAAGAUCCCUCCUCACCUGACCACCACCGUCCUAAGACGACUCAAUCCUCAGACAACAUACAAUGUCUCUGUCAUUCCGAUGUACAGAAAAGAAGAAGGAAAAUUAAGAUCGGGACAAGGAACAACAGCCUCACCAUACAAACCUCCACAAAACUUACAAACCUCUGAACGUGCCCGGACAAGCUUCAGAGUGACCUGGGAGCCAGCCCUGGGGGAAGUCACUGGAUAUAAGGUCAUCUACCAUCCCAGGGGAAGAGAAGAACAGCAGGGAGAAAUGGUAUUGGGGCCAUAUGAUACAACCGUGGUACUGGAGGAGCUGAGAGCUGGAACCACCUAUAAAGUGGCUGUUUCCGGAAUGUUUGAGGAUGGCGAAAGUGCCCCACUGUAUGGGGAAGAACAGACGACCCUCUCUGAAGAAGCAAAGGAGAAACCUCUUGGACCACCAGGGCUGCAAUGUACCACUAAGGCAGCUGCUGAUAUUGUGCUGCUUGUGGAUGGAUCUUGGAGUAUCGGGCGACUUAAUUUUCGCCAGAUCAGGAGCUUCAUCGGCAAGCUGGUUCAAGCCUUCGACAUCGGCCCAAGAAGAGUCCAGUUUGGUCUGACUCAGUACAGCGGAGACCCAAGGACCGAAUGGAACCUGAACCAGUACAGAGACAAGAAGAGUUUACUUGAUGCUGUAGAAACUUUACCUUACAAAGGUGGCAACACCUUAACAGGCAUGGCUCUCAGCUACAUAUUGCAAAACAACUUCAAGGCUGAUGCUGGUGCUCGGCCAAAUGCACGUAAGAUUGGUGUCCUCAUCACUGAUGGCAAGUCACAAGAUGAUGUUGCCGUUCCCUCAGAGACUCUACGCAACAUUGGAGUGGAGCUGUAUGCUGUUGGUAUUAAAAAUGCGGAUGAAGCUGAAUUGAAGCAGAUUGCGACAGAUCCAGACAGCAUCCAUGUGUACACUGUGGCUGAUUUUGCCCUGCUCAUCGAAAUUGUUGAUGACCUCACCACGAACCUCUGUAACAGUGUCAAGGGGCCAGGUGACUUGAAUCCUCCAAGAAACCUGGUUACCUCUGAGGCAACUCAUCGCUCUUUCCGGGUAACGUGGGAUCACUCUGAUUCAAGCUUUGAUCGGUACAGGGUGGAAUACCAACCAGUAGCUGGAGGGAGACCAGAAGAGGUGUUAGUAGGCGGAAGAACCAAGACCACAGUAUUGACAAACCUGCAGCCUGACACGGAAUAUGUUGUUAAUGUAUACGGAUUACUGGAAGGAGAAGUCAGUGAACCUCUUAACGGAACAGAGACCACACUGCCCAUCCCUGGUGUGAGAAACCUAAAUGUCUACGAUGUUACCCCUACCACGAUGAAUGUCAGAUGGGAGCCAGCUAGGGGUGCCUCAGGAUAUAUGCUGCUCUACACACCAAUUAAUGCCAGUCAGCCAACUGCACAGAAAGAGUUGAAAGUUGGCCCUGAUAACACCGAUGUGAGGCUGGAGAAUUUAUUUCCCAACACGGAAUAUACCAUUACAAUUCAUGCCUUGUAUGGUGAUGUUCCCAGUGAUCCAUUGAGUGUGCAAGAAACUACCUUGCCACUGGCUGGACCCCGCAAUAUCUGGUUUUCCGAUGCCACGCACAGUAAGAUGCGGGUCCAUUGGGAUCAUGCACUAGGCAGCGUGCUUAAAUAUAUGGUUAGAUACAACGAAGUGGGCGACGAGAAUGUCAAAGAGGUGGAAAUCCCCGGCAAUGAGAACUCAGUGCCACUAUCAGGCCUUGUGUCACAGACAGAGUAUAAGGUUGCAGUUACUGCAAUACAUGAACAAGGCCCCUCAGCUCCCCUGAUUGGGAGAGAAAACACACUGGUUGUCCCAGCUCCAACAAACCUACGCUUCACGGACAUAGGGCAGAAGCGUUUCCGUGUCCACUGGGAUCAUGGAGCAAGGGAUGUUGCCCUUUACAGACUCAUAUGGGUUCCAUCUGGAGGAGGGGAAAGAAAAGAGAUUAUUAUAAAUGGCAAGGAGGACAACCAAGUUUUAGACAACCUGAAUCCUGACACCUCAUAUGAUGUCUCCCUUUCUGCCAUCUACCCAGAUGAGAUGGAAAGUGAAGAUCUCUUUGGUUCCCAACGUACACUGCCCAAGAUGAUUCCAACUACACCAUCUACUCUUGCUCCCCCUCGUAACCUCCAAGUGUACAAUGCCACAUCUCACAGCCUGACAGUGAAGUGGGAUCCUGCCAUUGGUCGAGUCCGGGGUUAUCGGGUUAUCUAUGCACCCAUGACUGGAGACCCUAUUGAUGAAACGAUUACAGUGGGUCCCAGACAGAACAACGUGGUGCUACAGAAGCUGGAUCCAGACACCCCUUACUCAAUCAGAGUGGUAUCCGUCUCUAGAGCUGGAGAUGGGGGACAGAUAAUUGGAAACGGCAGAACAACCAUUGAAGUCACUGUGCCAGGAAAUACACACAACACAGUUCUCAAGAGCCUGAGCCCGGAUACACCUUACGAAGUGACAGUGGUUCCUGUCUACAGCGAAGGCGAAGGUGCUCGUAGGUCGAGUACUGGGAGAACAUUAGUCCGUGGGGCACCUGGAAAUGUUCAAGUCUACAACCCAUCGCCGAACAGUCUGAACGUUCGCUGGACCAGUGCACCAGGGCCUGUACAGCAGUACAGGGUGGUUUAUGCACCACUGACUGGAACCCAACCCUCUCAAUAUGCCGUGGUGUCCGGAAACAUCAACAACGUGCUCUUGGAACGUCUGCAACCAGACACAAAGUAUUCCGUCAACGUGGUGGCAAUGUAUGCCGAUGGGGAAGGUGAUCCGCAAACCACGGAGGGCCAAACAUUAACCCGAAGUGGACCCAGGAACAUGAGGGUGUAUGAUGCAACGACCAACAGCUUGACUGUGAGCUGGGAUCAUGCUGAGGGUCCUGUUCAACAGUACCGGAUUGUAUACGCUCCCACUGUUGGAGAUCCAAUCGAGGAGUUUACCUUUGUUCCUGGAAGGCGAAACACUGUCACCCUGCAGCCCCUCACAGCUGACACUCCCUACAGAAUAAGUGUAGUGGCAAUGUAUGAGGAUGGAGAUGGAGGACAACUGACUGGAGAUGGGAGAACAGUGGGAUUGCUGGAGCCGCGCAAUCUGAGGGUAUCUGAUGAAUGGUAUACUCGAUUCCGUGUGACCUGGGAUCCUGCACCAUCUCCAGUCCUUGGAUAUCGACUUGCUUACCAGCCCACAGGCAGCGAUGAGAAAAUGGAGUUGUUUGUGGGAGAUGUGACAUCUUAUACACCACAGAAUCUGAAACCCGGGACACCGUAUGAUGUCAACGUCUACGCCAUCUACGACUCAGGAAGCAGUGGUCCAUUGGCAGGCCAAGGCACUACCUUGUACCUAAAUGUGACUGGAAUAAACACGUACAACAUUGGCUGGGACACCUUCUGCAUCCAGUGGAAUCCUCAUAGAUCAGCAAGCUCCUACAGAAUAAAGCUACAACCAGUUGAUGCUUACGCCAGUGGUCAUCAAGAAGUAACCAUCAGUGGUGCUGAAUCCAGCCAUUGCUUCACUGGGCUUUCCCCUGAUUCCCUUUAUGAAGCUGUCAUUUACACUCAGCUCCCAAACCUCGAGGGACCUGGAGUGCACGUGCAGGAGAGGACCUCGUUUCGCCCGACAGAAAUUCCAACAGAACCCCCAUCUCCUCCUCCUCCACCAACGAUCCCUCCAGCCCGGGAAGUGUGCAUGGGUGCAAAGGCAGACCUGGUGUUCCUUGUUGAUGGUUCUUGGAGUAUUGGUGAUGAAAACUUCCACAAAAUAUUGCAGUUCUGUUUCGACACCAUUGGAGCUCUUGAUAACAUCAGCUCACAUGGAAUGCAGAUUUCUCUGGUUCAGUUCAGUGAUGAUGCAAAAGCUGAGUUCAAGUUGGACACUUACAGAGAUAAAGGAAUGGUCCUUGCUGCUCUUCAAAUGAUCCAGUACAAAGGUGGAAACACAAAAACAGGUCGAGCUCUCAAGUUUCUCCGUGACCACGUCUUUGUUUAUCAAAAUGGCAUGAGAAGGUCUGUACCCAAAGUUCUUGUUGCUGUUACUGAUGGACGUUCACAGGAUGAGGUUAAGAAACCUGCACUUUUGUUACAAGAAGCUGGUUACAGUGUGUUUGUUGUGGGGGUGGCUGACGUUGAUAUCGUAGAGCUGAAGAACAUUGGCAGUAAACCCAGUGAAAAGCAUCUCUUCAUCGUGGACGAUUUUGAUGCUUUUGCAAAGAUUCAGGAUGAGCUUAUCACCUUCCUUUGUGAAACAGCUACUUCUACUUGUCCAUUGAUUUAUCUCAACGGAUUCACUACCCCAGGCUACAGAAUGCUGGAGUCAUUUAAUCUGACAGAGAAGGAUGCUGCAUCAGUUCCAGGAGUCUCGAUGGGGUCAGGGACUUUCAAUGGCUAUACGUCUUACAGCCUUCAUAAGGAUGCACACCUCCUUCAACCUACCAUUGACGUUCACCCUGAUGGUCUGCCACCAACGUAUACCAUCAUGAUGCUCUUCCGACUUCUCCCAGCAACUACCACCGAGCCUUUUGCCAUUUGGCAGAUCACAGACCAAGAUUACAAACCAGAAGUUGGAGUGCUCCUAGAUGGCAACAGUAAAACACUGUCGUACUUUAACAAGGAUGAGAGAGGAGAAUCUCAAACAAUCACGUUUGACAAUGAAUAUGUGAAGAAACUCUUCUAUGGAAAUUUUCACAAGGUUCAUAUCAUGGUACACCAGAACAGCGUCAAACUGAUUGUGGACUGUGAAGAGAUUGAAGAGAAGAUGGCAAAUCCUCCUGGUAACAUUACCACCAAUGGAUACGAAAUUCUUGGAAAGCUGGCUAAAACUAGAGGACCAAAGGGCAGAUCUGCUCCAUUCGAAAUUCAAAGCUUCGACAUCAUCUGCAGCCUGGGUUGGGUUAUAAGAGACAAAUGCUGCGAUCUUCCUUCCACGAGAGAUGAAGCAAAGUGUCCAGCGCUUCCACAUGCCUGCACAUGCGCUCAGGACAGUAUUGGGCCCCCAGGACCUCCUGGACCUUCUGGUCAAAGUGGCAGCAAAGGUCCGAGAGGAGAAAGAGGCCAACAAGGGUCACCUGGUGCAGCAGGCCCUCGUGGUGAUCUAGGACCUCCAGGUCCACAAGGCCUCCCCGGCCCUCAGGGUGCUAAUGGGCUAUCACUUCCAGGAGAACCAGGACGCCCUGGUAUGAAAGGUGAUUCAGGCGAACCAGGAUUGCCAGGCAGACAAGGACCACCUGGUCGUGUUGGCUCCCCAGGUACACCAGGAUCAGAGGGUCCAAGGGGUUUUCCAGGUAAACAAGGACCAAUCGGACCUCCUGGACCACGAGGACCCUCUGGCACAGUUGGUCUUUCUGGCCCUCCAGGUCAACCAGGUAGUCAAGGACCAAAAGGUGAAAUGGGAUCAGUGGGGCAAACUGGUCCAAAGGGAGAGAAAGGUGACCGGGGUGACUUUGCCCCCCAGAACAUGAUGAGAGCAAUUUCAAGACAAGUCUGUGAGCAGCUGAUGAACAACCACAUGAGGAGAGUGAACUCAUUGAUAAACCAAAUCCCCAACGGUUACUACUCAAACAGAGCUGUUCCUGGCCCACCUGGCCCACCUGGUCCACCAGGUAGUACUGGACAAGUUGGAGAAACGGGAUCCCCAGGUACACCAGGAUUCCCAGGACCCCCUGGCGAGCAAGGCCGACCUGGUGAAAGAGGAAGCCCUGGGGAAAAAGGUGAACAAGGCAGUUCAGGCAUUGGGAAACCAGGACAACGAGGUUUACCUGGACCUCCAGGCCCACCAGGACAAUCAAGAACUGGUCCCACAGGUCCGCCAGGUCCAAGAGGCCCCCUUGGACCACCAGGUCGUCCAGGACGAUAUGGGUCUCGGGGUCCAGCUGGCCCUCCUGGUUACUGUGAUUCCUCUAUGUGUGCAGGCAUUCCCUACAAUGGAUAUCCAGGACUAUACGAGCCGCAACCUUAUCGACCAGAAACCCAUGUUGUACCCAUAGAAAGGGAAGAGGAAGAAGAGAUCGAACAAAUUGAAACUGAAAUUCGGUCGCCUGGAUUUAGCCGAGCCUAUUCAUGAGGAAUGACCAUCAUUGUUUCAAUACCAAAAGCAGGGGAGGGCACGGAGUGGUUUUAUAUGAACUAAACUUUCAAUCUUUAUUUUGUUGCUACAUUCACAUCUCCAGAUCAUCUCUGUGCUUUUCGAUGCUCCGAUGAGCAAACCUGUGUUAGUUCAACUUGUAUCCACUUAGUUUUGGUGUUGGCUCUGACCAGUAAAGGAUAACACUAUUCUCGUCCCAGCCACUGCACAAGCAUGCUCAUUUGCAAAUCACAUUUUUUUUUUACUUUACUGAACAAAUAAUGAGAGCUGUUCCUUCUGUAUUCCUCUUGUAACUGUAAUGGUGCAUUAGGGAAUAGGGGAAGUUAGAAACUUCCAAUUGCAAAGAGUAGGGAUAUCAUGCAGGGUCACAACUGUCAACCCUGGCCCCUGUGCCUUGUGCAAAUUGCAUUUACAUAUUUGAAAGAAAUACUAAGCAAUGAUAACUUUUCUUAACAUUGACAAUCAAGGUAAUUUUUGCCCUGCCCCUUCCCUGCCUACCUGUGUUUGAAAGCCAGGACUCUUGUACAUGUGACUGAUGCAAAAUGAACCUAACGCCUGUGUAAUCUCAGUCUGUCACUUUCCACUGUUGUGUAUAUGCUUCUAUGUAGUAACUCACCUAUUCUGUUUGUCUCAACCUGCAGAGAUUGGUUUUAACUGUGCCUCUGUUCACUUUACUUACACUGUGCUUAAAGAAAACAAAAAAAGUCCUUUAAUCAAUAUGUUUUUCAAAAUAGAAAAAAACCAAAAAAAUGUCCACAAUAAUCCACAUCAUAGACAGUCUCCUACCCUCCCUUCCAAUGGCACUUAAUACCCACCCUUCACAAUGGUUACUCUGCAACUUUAUCCCAUGUUAGCACUUCAAAUGCUAUUUAAAUACGACAAGCUUGUCUACUACAUUCCAAUUAUAUAGUUUAUCUGUAUUUUCAGUUAUAAUCCUAUUAGGAAUAUGUUACUUUAUCUUACAAGUGUAUCAGCUGGUUAAAUCAAGAAUUAGGUGCAACACACUCUUAAAAAGAAUACUGCUUAAAAUCAUUGUACCUACCAGAUACAGUACUUAACACUGCUUAUAACAUUUUUUUACAUUAAAACUUUAAAUAUAAAUGUGCUGGUUCUCAGCAGAUCUGUUACAAAGGGUGGUGGAAAUGCAUGUCUGUGAUGUAUAUUUAGUAUGGAACCUUUACCAGAAUAUAGUGUUUUCAGAAACUCGGAUGCAGUUGGAAUCUGUUUGCAAGACUAUGGAUAUAGAAUUGCUGCUUCAUAUUUGUAACUGCAGAUUGUGAAUUUCACAGCCUAAAUUUCCUAUUUAUUUCUGAAAUGAAAGAGGCAUUUUUCAAUAAAACUACUGAAAUUAAA